AUGCGAUCUCGCCAGUCCCACGUCAAUGACACUCUUCUCCGCAUCGACGCCAACGUAGAGAGAGGUAAUUGCAUUAAUGGCGUUAAGAAAGCUCUCCAAACUGAAGAUUUUGAAUUGGCUGCUAAAUACAUCCAAACCUUCCUCCAGAUCGAUGCCAAAUACAGAGAUUCUGGUUCGAAUCAUAGAGAACUGUUGCUAGCAUCCAAGAAACAGCUAGAAGGAAUUGUCAAGAAGAGGUUAUCGGCUGCUGUGGAUCAGCGGGACCACCCGGCAAUCCUUCGGUUCAUUAGAUUAUACUCUCCUUUUGGUUUGGAGGAAGAAGGAUUGCAAGUGUACAUAAGUUAUUGGAAGAAAUUGGGUGAGGACUACACUGAUUAUAUGGUGUCCAAGAUAAGGGGUUUGAGUUCAGUUGAUCCGGAAUUGUUUCCCCAAGCAACCAGAGCUUUUAGGAGCGGAAAUUUUAGUAAAGUUGUUCAGGACAUUAUGGGUUAUUAUGUGAUUUUGGAGGGGUUCUUCAUGGUGGAACAUGUGAGGAAGGUUAUUCGCAUUGAUAAGCAUGUACUUGACAGCCUCACAACGUCCAUGGUGGAUGAUAUGUUCUAUGUUCUACAGAGUUGUUAUAGGAGGUCGAUAUCCACUUCUAAUAUUAACUCAGUGAUUGCAGUACUGAGCAGUGUUGUGAGUUUGUUGGGUGGCGAGUAUAAUGAAGCGUUGCAGUAG